UAUAUCCAUAGACCAAAGGAAAAAUCACCACAAAAACACCUCUCUCCCACUUUAAUAUUUUUAGGUCUGAUGAUUGAAGUAGUCUUUCUCACCAAGCUCACUUGUUUACCAAUCAAGAUGAGUUCAAUCUUGUCAAAGAAAAGCUAAGUAACCCAAAAGGAAAUUCCAGGAAACAUGCUUUCACGUAUAUAUUGUCGCAUGUGGCGCAUUAGAAUCUGUCUGCUUAUUCAAGUUUGCGUUACUCCAAAAGGAGAAAAGCCUCUGUCGGAAUCUGUUCGGUGACUUUCUUUCGUAUCUACCGUAGGUUAUAUAAUAAUAGAUGCCCCAUUGAAGUUAAAUACUCAGUAACAAGUAUAAGAAAUGUUGAGUAUUGAGGUUACGGGAAUAUCUUUAUUUGGAUAAUUCAUAUCUUGGAUAUACCCAAAACAAUGAAUAAGCAUUUAUUCAUGAGGAAUUAUAAGUCCAAUUCAGUAAGUGGCCCAAUAUAAUUUGAUUCAGUGAUUCUGCUUAUUAUGAAGGUUUCUUGACACCUGAGUCAUGAACCACUUUGCAACGUAAGGUAGAUUCAAUUAUUGACGGAAGGUGAAAUAUCAGAGCUACUGUGCCUCUGUGUCUAGUUAAAAGCAGAUCAUGAUCACCUGAAAGAAAAUGCAUGUUAACAUCAAUGAAAAUGGAAACACAGCAGCAGGGCGAAACCGCGGGAGGGAUAAAGAGAAAGGGAGAGCUAAGGUUUGAAGGGUUGAAACCGUAUGCAAUCUGCAUAUUCUGCAAUAUUUGCUUUGCAGGAUACAACAUAAUCUCCAAGGUCUCUCUUGAUAAUGGCAUGAGCAGUUACGUGCUUGUGGUUUAUGGUCCUGUGUUCGGAACUCUCAUCACAGCUGUUCUUGCAUUGCUAUUUGAAAGAAAGCAUGAUAGAAAAAUCAGCAUGGCAAUCCUGAGAGAUAUUUUCUUCCUGGGAAUCCUUGGAGCUGUGCUGGGAAGGACAUUGUUUUAUAUAGGGCUGAAAGACACAUCACCAGCGGUUGCAUCUGCCCUGGCCAACUUAAUUCCAUCAAUGACCUUUGUAUUGGCAGUUUUAUGCAGGAUGGAGGCCUUAGACAUGUCCAAGCAUAGUGCCCGAGCAAAGGUUGGAGGCAGUGUUGUUGCCUUAGCUGGUGCAACACUUAUGACACUGUACAAGGGUUGUGCUCUGAUUUCACCACACUCCCAUCACACUCAAGCCUCUUCAAAACUGCAAUUUAACAAGGACUGGAUCAAAGGCUCUCUCAUGCUCCUGCUUUCUUACCUUUCACUAUCGGCAUUUCUUGUUUUACAGACUGUCACUGUGAAGAAGUAUCCAGCUCCAAUAACUCUUACAUCAUUGACAUGCUUAACAGGGACUUUAGUCUCAGCAAUCAUGACAGCUGCUGUAGACCAUAAAGCUUCAUCCUGGAGAUUGUCCUGGGACAUGAGUCUUGUUGCUAUCCUCUAUCGUGGGAUUGUGAUAUUCGGACUUACAUUUUAUCUGCAAGCGUUAGUGGGAAAAACAAAAGGUCUAGUUUUCAUGACAGCCUUUCGACCUCUGGGCACAGUUAUUGCCACAAUAAUGGGACUGCUUGUUUUGGGAGAUGCAUUGUUUUUGGGACGCGUAGUGGGAGCUCUACUCAUAGUUGUCGGUUUGUGUUUAACUUUGUGGGGAAAGGAAAAGGAGAAGGAAAAGAAACUGCUGGAGGGUACACACCUGCUCAAUGCAUUGAAAUCAGACCAGAAAAGUGAUAACACAUGGAUUUUGUAGUAUUAAAGUUGGAAUCAAAAUGCUAUAAAAUAUUGAUGUGUACAUAGUAAGCAUCCUAUCUUGUAAGGCCUUGGAAUUUGUUUCAAUUUCACUUCUUUGGCUCUUUUUUGGCACUCUCUAAUGUA